AUGAAAGAGCUCUUGAUGAAUUUUGGCAAGAUUAACUAUAUGAUCGAAUUUUAUAGCAGUGAUGAAGAUCAUGAAGAUUUCGUAAAUAGGUUCAUAUCAUAUAUUACCUUGGCUGAAGUAAAUAAUAAUGCAAAUAUUCUCAUUAUAUUAGAUCGAUCCUUAAAAGGAGAAGUGAGAGAAUGGUAUCAUAAAGAAUUUAACAAUAAAAAUUGGAAGUUAGAAAAUAUACUUGAUAACUUUGAUAUAGGUGCAACAAUAGCACAUAUUCGUGGUACUAAUGCAGGAGGUAUAACAGGUGCAGUCGCUUUUUUUCCAAAUGUUCCACUUGGACUUACAGGUACGCAAAUUAUCCCUGCUCGAAAUGUUGCUAAAGAUUGGACAAUAGUGGGAGGAUGCCCAACUAAUGCAGUACCGGUUGCACCAAAUGCUGGAGGAGGUGUUCCUAUUAUUCUAGCAGGAAU